AGUAGCGCGCUGUUGGCCGAUGUCUGCCCUGCGCCUCUGAGACAGAGUGAGUGUGGAUGGAGGAAUCUGGCAGUUUGGUGGAGAGACUUGCUUGGUUUCGAGUACCGCUGUGCGUUUAUCCGGACUCCAGGGUUGAGAGGACCAAGCUUCCGAUCCCAUAGGUGCCGCCAUGUGGUGCUCCCUGUUCCUGCUGCUCCUGGCUGCCGGCGGAGUGUGGACCACCCGGCCAUGCUUUCCCGGGUGCCAGUGUGAGGAGGAGACUUUCGGCCUCUUUGACAGCUUCAGCCUGACUCGGGUGGACUGCAGCAGCUUGGGCCCCCACAUUGUGCCUGUGCCCAUCCCUCUGGACACAGCCCACCUGGACCUGUCUUCCAACCGGCUGGAGACGGUGAAUGAGUCGGUGCUGGGGGGGCCGGGCUAUACCACGCUGGCUGGCCUGGAUCUCAGUCACAAUCUCCUCACCAACAUUGCACCCACUGCCUUCUCCCGCCUGCGCUACCUGGAGUCUCUCGACCUCAGCCACAAUGGCCUGGCAGCCCUGCCGGCUGAGAUUUUCACCACCACCUCCCUGAGUGACGUCAACCUCAGCCAUAACCGACUACGGGAGGUCUCCAUAUCUGCCUUCUCCACCCACAGCCAGGGCCGGGCACUGCAUGUGGAUCUGUCCCACAACCUUAUCCACCGCCUGCUCCCCCAUCAGCCCCGGGUCAGCCUGUCUGCACCCACCAUUCAAAGCCUGAACCUGGCCUGGAACCGGCUCCGCGCAGUGCCCGAUCUCCGAGACCUGCCCCUGCGUUACCUCAGCCUGGAUGGGAACCCCCUGGCUGCCAUCAACCCAGGUGCCUUCAUGGGGCUGGCGGGCCUCACCCACCUGUCCCUGGCCAGCCUACAGAGUGCUCUCCAGUUAGUACCCCAUGGCUUCCGGGAGCUCCCGGGCCUGCAGGUCCUGGACUUGUCAGGCAACCCCAAGCUCAAGUGGGCAGGAGCCGAGGUGUUUUCGGGCCUGGGCUUGCUGCAGGAACUAGACCUGUCGGGUACCAACCUGGUACCCCUACCUGAGAUGCUGCUCCAUCACCUCCCUGCUUUACAGAGUGUCAGUGUGGGCCAAGAUGUGCAGUGCCGGCGCCUGGUGCGGGAGGGUGCCUACCCCCGGCAGCCUGGCUUCAGCCCUAAGGUAGUCCUACACUGUGGAGACACCCAGGAGUUUGCUGCCAGGGGCCCAGACAUCUUGUGACAAAUGGCGUGGCCUGGGGCCACUGGACAGACUGUCGUCCUGGGCUCGCUCAGGUCCCAGCUAACUUAUAUUUUAAUGUGCCAAUGCCUGUGGGGGGUCCACAGGCCUGUGUGGCGGCAUCUCAGUAAAGCUGUGGGCCGGGGAUAGCGUUCCUACCUGGGGCCUAUACCCAGUAGCGAAAUCUUCCCGUUUGUCUCAGUGGCUCACUUCCCCGAACUGUGAGCAGAGGGACAUUGAUGCCAACCAGACUCUGGUCCCUUCCCGAGCCCCUGCCCUAGUUGUCCCUAAGUGCCUUCUCUUUGGUCCGGGCUGACCUGAUCGGCGGUGUGAGAGGGUGGGUGGGCGCCACCGUUGCAAAUGCUGACUCGGGUCGUCUGACUGAGGGUUCCUUUGAGCCCUCACAUCGUCUGUGCUCUGGGCCCGUGAGGCCAGCUUCUUUCCCAUUCUCAUGGAAUCCUGGAUAGACUCUGAAUUAUAUAGAAGGGUUUAGAGAGAAAAUCAAAUCCGGCCUCCUCGGAGGACAGAUGGGAAUAAGGGACCGGGAGCGGCAACCGUGCUCACCUGAGGUCUUUAGAGGCAUGGAGAGCCCAGCCUCCUGCUGAGGUUGGGGGCUGUGUACUUUCCUCUCUGACAUCCAUCCCUCCCCCUUGCUGGGCACCCUGUUACCUUGUCCGUGCUCUUUCCCGUCAUGUGACAAGGUCACGGGGUGGGGGGGGGGACUCUAGGUUCAGUGGCCAGUUUAUGAUACGAGCAAAGUCAGUCCACCCUUCAGAGCCUCAGAAGCUCGGGACACACCAGUCCCAAGCCCGUCAGUUUCUCAGGUGGGGGCCCCCUAGCAUCAAGACUGGAAAGGUGCAGAUUCUCCCCAGAGACCCUGCCUCAAGAUGCUUCCUAAGAAGUCUGUGGAAUUGUGGCUGUCCUGCCGUGCGCUCCAAGGGGACUUGUGGACUUGCUGAGGGCCCGUCAGUCCUCUAGGAGUGGGGCAGAGAGAGACAGGGUUUCCCCUUCCCCUUGUGUUUAUCCCCGGGGUCGCAUCUCAGUUCUCCAGCCCUGGGUUCCUUCCUUCGUCUUCUUCAUCUUGUAAGAGUCAUUGCCUUUUCUUCACCAACUGUCACUUUUAACCCCCACCUCUGCUGGCCGGGGAUGGAAACGAAGAGAAACGGAUUUGCUCACUUCUGUAAGACUCUUCCGGGCUUGUGUUGGGGGUGCUGGGAAGAAGCCAGCUAUCGGUGACCACGUGGGCACUGGGGCUGGCCCCGGAGAUGCCCACGAGGCAGUGAGAGCUCUGUCUUCCCACACUAGCUCUGCCCAGCCCCUGAGUGGUCCUUGGUUUAAUAAAUACAUAGAAAGAA